CAACAGCGCAGCAAAGAAGUUCAACUUUCUUGCUGAGUAUAAAGUUGCAGGUGCAUCAUACGAUUAAAGGGAAGCUAUGGCUGGUCCACUUCCUAAUGAACAAUUACAAACAUUUAAAGAAGUUCUGCAAAAUCAAGGGCCUGCGGCAGCCGCUGCAAUGCUCAAUGCUUAUUUGGAAGAGCAGGAUAAUAUUCCACUUCACAUCGCCGUCACAGGAGAGACUGGCUCUGGUAAAUCCACCUUUGUUAACGCCUUUAGAGGCAUAGACAACAUGGAUGAGAAUGCCGCCCCUACUGGUUGUGUAGAAACCACCAUGAAGGUCGAAUCAUACCCCCAUCCACAAUAUCCCAAUGUUACACUUUGGGAUCUUCCUGGAAUUGGCACCCCCAAUUUUCCAGCUGACAAGUACCUGCAGCUUGUUGGCUUUGAAAGAUUUGACUUCUUCAUCAUCAUCUCAGCUGAUCGCUUCAGAGAAAAUGAUGUGAAACUCGCUCUGGAGAUUCAGAAGAUGGGGAAGAAGUUCUACUUUGUUCGCUCAAAGAUUGACAAUAACAUGCGUGAGGCAACAAGAAGUCAAAGAGAUUUCAACGCUGAAGAUACCCUUAAAAAAAUCAGAGACGACUGCAUUAAAGGUCUUGAAAAUCAAGGUAUACAGUCUCCACAAGUCUUCCCGGUGUCCAGCUUUGAUCUCCACCUGUAUGACUUCCGUCUGUUAAUGGAGACCCUGGAGAGAGAGCUUCCUGCACACAAGAGAGAUGUUCUGCUGUUAGCCAUGCCAAUUGUCAAUCUUGAGAUCAUCAACAAAAAGAAAGAGGCUCUCCAGUCAAAAAUAAAGUACCUAGCUGCUGCAUCUGCACUCGUAGCAGCUGUACCGAUUCCUGGGCUCUCUUUAGCUGUUGAUCUAACCAUGCUGGUUGAUAAUGCCAUAGUGUACAAAAAUACUUUUGGUCUUGAUCCCAAAUCACUGCAGAGUCUUGCUGAUAGUGGAGGUGUGCCUUUGCAUGAUCUCAGAGCAGAGAUGAAAUCACCUCUGGCUUUGAAAGAAAUAAGCCGUGAGGUUGUCCUUAACAUGCUGAAGGUGUCUGUGUUUCACGUUGCUUCAUUAGCAGCAGAGGAAGGGUCCAGAUUUAUUCCAGUUUUUGGAUUUGCUGCAGCAGCGGCCAUCUCUUAUGCCUGCACCUACAGAGCUCUCACUACUAUCCUCGACAUGCUCGCUGAGGAUGCUCAGAGGGUAUUCAAAAAGGCCCUGCGUUUGGACACCUCAGUGUGAUAUUGGAAAGGGAUUGGCAAUGCCUCCAAUGUCACAUACAACUUCAGUGUACAAAAGAGAUGUUUUAUUAUUUAGUAGAUUUCAUUCAUUUAAUUUUCUUUUAUAAAAAAUGAACUGCAAAACAUAAACUUUCAGCUGCACAUUGCAUCAUACAGUACAGGUUUGAAUGAUCAGCAGACUGUAGAUCUUUUAUUUUUAAAAGCACUUAAAAAAGUAAAUGUAGGCCUUGUAACUUAGUGACCAGCACUUACAAUGAUACGGCUUGCUUGAAGUGAAUAUAUCUGCACUUUUCUUGUUGGUCUGAGUUUGAAUCUGUAUGGGUUUUUACAGUUAUUGUAAAUCGCUUUGGAUAAAAGCUUCAGCUAAAUGUAAUGUAGUGAGUCGCUGCCCCUCAGUGGUGACAGUGAGGAAUUACAACACAUCAUCAUUCAGAGGAAAUGUACACUUUAAUGUUUAUCAUCAUUAUUCUUAUAACAACUGCAUUACUAUUAUUAAUAAAGAUUUAAGAACUAA